GAAACGCCGCCCGCCGAAGAUCUGGCAGUUCGCUGCCAACCGCGACAACGUCAUUUUGCGUGACCCAAGCUUCGUCGCCAGCUUUCAACUUCGCCCGGAGCAGUUGCUGCUUAUUACCAGCAUAUUUGUGAUCUUGUGCCGUUGCAAGUUAUUGCAAUAGCGUGGUAUAUACUGCGGUGCAACUGUGUGGCCGUGGGAACUUUGCUCUCCUUCGCUCUCGCUUCGUACCUCCACAAACACACCAUCACUCGAAUCCGACCAGCGACUGGAUUGACGCCUCGCAACCAUGAUUCCCCUCAUUUGGACAAUAUUGGUGCUCCAUGUUGUCAUCUUUCUGGUGAACACCAUUGGCGCGACAACCAUUGAUAAUUUGAUAUGGAACAUCUACCUGAAACUCCCAACAUCGCUGCACCAAACCGCCCAGGAACAAAGCAAAUUGAAGCGCGAGGUACUCCAGCUCAAGCGGGAGAUGAACAACACCAGCUCGCAGGAUGAAUUCGCAAAGUGGGCUAAACUGCGCCGACGACACGACAAGGCGCUGAGCGAUUACGAGGCUCUGAACCAGGAACUGUCGUCGAAGAAAUCCUCGUUCGAAUGGUUUAUCAAGACUGCCCGGUGGCUCAGCACGACGGGCGUCAAGAUCUUCAUCCAGUUCCGACACUCCAAGACCCCUGUUUUUGCUCUCCCGGGCGGCUGGCUUCCUUACCCUGUGGAAUGGGUAUUGUCGUUCCCGCGUGCUCCGCAAGGCUCGGUGAGCGUUCAGGUUUGGAACAGCGUGUGCGCGACGGCAGUUACGGUUAUUGCUGAGAUCAUCACGGGGGCGGUGCUACAGGUCAAGGGGAAAGCACAGACUGUCCCUGCUACGGCUAAGAAGGCGCAAUGAUUCAUGUUUCAUUUUGGAGUUGGUAUGAUAUUGAGGUAGUAUAGAGAAAAUGGGUUGAAGAAUAAUGACACAAUGUAAUGGUAUAUGUUCGUCAGAUAAGAAACAAUCGUUUAUCGUCAACGACCCC